AUGAGUAAAUCCGCGCAGCCUAUCAGCUUCCCAGGCUUCAGUGCCUUAUCGGACAGAGUAUUCGUUCGUCCCGGUGAGAUGCAGGCAGGCACUGAUCCAAAUCCUGAACACCCCCGCACUGUCGUCAUCUACGGCUGGGGCGACGCACCUCCAAGACAUAUAUCGAAGUUCACCGAUGUCUAUCGAGAGCUAUACCCUCAUGCCACGCAAGUCGCGGUGCUAUCGCCUAUCUACCAAGGCUUCAUCGACCAUGUCGAUCAGCGCACAGAGGCCAUGCUUCUAGUUAUACACGAGGUUUUCCCCAGUGACGCAUCAGACGGUUUAGUCUUGUUCCACGCUAUGUCUAAUUCUGGAACUCUCAACUACUCGGCUACCUUGAAUGCAUACAAGGAGACCUACAACCGGCCGAUGCCCCAUGUGCUCACGGUAUAUGACUCUACGCCCGGAACUCCAAAUCUCACGUGGGAUAACCUCAAGCGAUUUUCUCACGCCAUGGCCAUCGGCAUAGCAGCAAAGCUCCACCUACCAUUCAUCGUGGCUCAAAUUGUAUGCGCCUGGUUUUUUGUUCUGAUCCAUGUAUUCGACUAUCUUUCGGGGAGAGAAUCUGCACCCAAGUUCAGCCAUAGGAUCUUCACAAAUGAGCAGUGGGAGAGCAAGAAGAGCACACGAUUAUUCUUGUAUGGAAAGGGAGAUAUUCUUAUUCCGUGGCAGCAUAUUGAAGGAUACAUGGCCGUUUCACGCGAAGCUGGAUAUCCUACCGAGGGGCAGGUCUUUGAGAGUGGACAUGUUGGGCAUAUGAAGAAGGACCCAGAGAGGUAUUGGGGAAUAAUUCAAGAGUCUUGGGGGACAGCUAUAGGUAGAAUAUAA